GUCAUCUCUGGUGUCUGCAGUUAAACCCGCGUUAAUCCGCGUUAAUCCCAAAGCUCCGGGGAUCAGAUUACCGAGACCAACGGACGCAGACGCCAUAUCCGGGGACUAUGUGUUUGGAAACCUGAGUCGUCUGCCACUUUGUCGUCUGCUUGUUCCUGUUGAAGAGGGCAAGAUCCAGAGAUCCAGUACGAGAUCCAGCACGCAAGGGUUCAGGUGACAACGCUACAUUGUUCAAAAGGCGUGUGAAACAAACCCACACUGACGCCAGGACUGUACUUUACUGUAGAAGGGUGGUGUGUUUCCUUGGUAACCGCUUCCACCGAUGAUCCAGAAAUAAUUUGAAAACGUCCAGUAUACGCACCGAAGUCUCCUGUCUGUCAAGAACAAACAAUCUAAUCACGUAUUAAACAGAUUGUCACGUGACUAGGCCCGGGAACAUCGGCUACAUCGACUUCAUUCACUCCCCGGUCUCCUACAGCAAUGGCGUUCAGCUUGACCUUCCAAAGCAUUCUGGACAACAAUAUCCGCCACAUCUACAGUGGCACACCGAGUAACAUGGCGUACCGUCACUCCAAGGAGUACCCGAACAUGGACCAACUCCGGCAACAAAAGGACAACCAGUACCUCAAGGACUACGUUCUCAGGGUGUCCGAGUACAGAGCGGACUACCGCUGUCUCGUGCCACGUGCACCGGCCUUCCGUAUCCUUUCCCGCCACGAAGUCGACGACAUCGUGGAGCGUCUUAAUACGCCAAGGUCAAGAAACGCGGACAAGGACGAACAGAAACCACGUCAAGGUGAACGUCAGGUGAGUAAAGAAGAGGCUGAAGCUAUCACGGAGCGUCUCUAUGGCAACGUUACCAAGGCAACGACUGUGAGGGUCAACCAGACCCGCGAUGCCGGACAUCCACCCCUGACAAAGAUCGAGGUAUAGACCCGAAUCCUGAUCUCAACCAUCUGACGUCAAGUUCAUGCGAUAUCGGGGUGUACAGGAUAAAUCUAACGUCAGUGUCAAAGCAUCAUCUGUGAUACAUUUUACCCUGGUGUGUGACACUACGUAUGUGCAAGCUGUUUGUGUUUUUGUUUUGUUUUUGUUACGCUUAAACUGUCAAAUAAAGGACAUUUUGUUUAAAUAUAUGAACUGAUCGGGUACACGGAAUGAGAUACGGAGGCCGCACUUAUAACCUCGUUUUGUGAAGCGUGGUCCUGAUCAUCAAUUUAUCAUUCACCAAUAUGUUCGAGCGAUCUCUAUCGCUCUAUCGCUUAACACUCAGUUGACUUCCUCUGCCCACGGCAUAAUAGCCACAUCCGGGAUGACUCGUCCUCGAGGCGGUGAAACCCGCCAACAGCGCUGUACAGCCAGCCCUCUGUAGUCGCUGUAGGUCGACUGACAAACCUUUGGACGCGAUUACCUCCGUGGGACAUUGAUUGAAUCGAUUUUGUAGUCUAAACUAUUGAUUAAAUUGUGUGUCAUUAUAUUGAA